CGAAUCAAUUCAACAUUUUCGGGGACGAAAACUGCGGGGCGCGUGAGAGCGACGCGACAAAGUUAGACCAACACACACAUGACGUAAUGAUACGAACCUUAUUGAUGUCCCAGGGGCCAAUGGACGCGCGAGUGUCCUUUGAUAAAUUCGGUGGAUCGUAAAUUGCGGGUUGAAAUUCGAUUUGUGAAUUUUUUAAUCGCUUUAUCGCUUUUGUGGCUUUUUGCGCGUUCGAUUAUUCGGGGCCGGUGAGCUACGGUGUUCGGGACGCGAGUCGCGUGUGGUUUGUGUUCCUUCGGGGUUUGCGUGGCCGUUUGAGGGCUUGCGGGGCGACGGCUGCCAUUGGUCUGCACGGCCCUGACGAUUUUUUUGGGAAAUUGCGAGUUGGGGGAGAAGAAGGAUUGGUAACCUCAGCACCAACUCUGACCCACAUAAUAGAAUUACUAACCCACUGAAAGAAGAUUUCGUUGGGAAAACAUUGGAAUUUUGUUGGAAAUCGUUGAAGAACUGGAGACGACCAAUGGAUCCAUCAAUCGAUCUGCUUUUCGAUUUUAGCAAUCCAGAGGUCGAUCGGGUGAUCGAUCUCGUGUUGUCGAAAGGAAGGGUUUACGUAUGGAGUGCUGAGGAUUGGCUGACCCUCAGACAGGACUACCGAAUAAUCGGAAACCUAGUGGGCUGUCUCCCCAAACUCCCCAGGCAAGAGAUCCUCCUGGGUUUGCCUCUUCUCCUCCUCCCGGAAGAAGCUAAUUUUCUCUUGGAGAAGAGAAUCGCCCGACUGGUGGCUUACUCCAGCCUGCAGCAGGAGCCCACUGAAGCACUGGUGAACAAAUUGCAAAAGUAUCGAGAGAAAUUAUUCCGCGAACAGAACGAAUGCCUCAAGAACGAGAGAGUCAAAAUGAUUGAACUCCAGAUGGACAAAAUCAUCGAGGGGAAGAGGAGGAAGUUGUAUGGACUGGAGACGUCGAAGAAGAAAUUGAAGAAACCUCUGGAUAGAGACACGUCUGAGGCUAUCCAAAAAAUUGAUAUCAAUAGAGAUGAACUAUUUGCUCAGGAGGUGGAGAAAAUUAAUGACUUGGAACCAUCAGAACAGAUUGUUCAGACACACACAGCUUAUCCCUGGGCUGCGUCUGCAGAAAUCCCUCGAUCAGAGUGGAAAUAUCCCCUGACCCCAGAGGAUAAAUUCAAAUGCAGAGUAUUCAGGGAUCUGUGGUCCAAGGGACUGUACGUGACUGGCGGGGAAAAAUUCGGUGGAGACUUCCUCGCAUAUGCAGGUGACCCCAUAAUGUUUCACUCGCAAUUCGUCGUCUACUGCAGAAGACGAGACGAGGAAAUGACGAUUGCUGAUUUGACUGGGCAUUGUCGUCUCUCAACAACUGUCAGAAAGACUUGUGUUUUCGCUUAUUUGUCCGAGGACGAGAGGAAGAUUCGUUAUCAGUCCUUCUUCUGGGAGAAUGCAGCUGCCAACCCAUUUUGACUUUGAUAAAUCAUCAAAAUUAUUCACGAAACUAAUUAAUUAAUUAACGAUACAGUUUAAAUGAUAUAAUUCUAAGUUGAUAAUUUCUUUAUCAAGUUUUCAUUCAACUGAUAAUUGAAUCAUCCAAAAUUAUGUGCGAGUAACUUUAAGUUGAUAGUUUUGAUAAUGAAUUGAAAAUAUUAAAGGAAUAAAGAAGCGACUGGAAUUUA